GUCGUGUCGUUUUUAGAUCAAAAAGCUUAAGUUCAACAAAGCUACAAACAAGAAAAGAUGCAAAGUUCUUCUAAUCAAGCAAUCGUUUUCUUCGUCAACGGAAAAAAGGUUGUGGAGCGCAAUGCGCAGCCAGAAAUGUCUUUGCUACAAUACCUUCGAAAUUAUUUGGGUUUAACAGGCACUAAACUUGGAUGCAGUGAAGGUGGCUGUGGAGCAUGUACAGUCAUGAUCUCUAGAUACGACCAUGAAAUGAAAAAAAUCAAACAUUUCUCUGCAAAUGGCUGUUUGAUGCCAUUGUGUGCAGUUGAUGGAAUGGCUGUAACCACAGUGGAAGGAAUUGGAAGCACCAAAACUGUCUUGCAUCCAGUGCAGGAACGGAUCGCAAAGUCUCAUGGGUCACAGUGUGGAUUUUGUACCCCGGGAAUUGUGAUGUCAAUGUACACGUUGUUAAGGAACAAUCCUUUGCCAUCGUAUAAAGAAAUGGAAAGUGCAUUUGAAGGUAACUUAUGUCGUUGCACUGGCUACAGACCAAUUGUAGAGGGUUUUAAGACGUUCACAAAGGAAUGUUGCGGCAAAGGUGGAAACGGAUGUUGCCUUGACAAUAAUUCAAAUAUUAUCGGAGAAAAAGUUGACAGUGAGUCAACCAGUGGACUUGUCAAACCUGAGGAGUUUACACCAUACGAUCCAACACAGGACGCGAUCUUUCCACCAGAGCUGAUGCUUCCAGAUGCUAUCAAGCCAAGACGUUUGUACAUUAAAGGAGACCUUGUUACUUGGAUCAGACCAACAACUUUGGAGGAAUUGUUGGAACUCAGAGCAAAAUAUCCGCAAGCUAAGCUUGUGAUUGGUAACACUGAAAUAGGUAUUGAGAUGAAAUUUAAAAAUCAGAAUUAUCCAAUCCUGAUAGCUCCUACUCACAUUCCGGAGUUGAAUGCCAUCGAACACACUGCAAAGGGCAUCAGGUUUGGUGUGUCUGUGACAUUGUCUACCUUGGAGGAAGUUCUUAGUGAGGCUUGUCAGUCUAUGCCAGAAUACAAGACCAGAUGGUUCACAGCAAUACUUCACAUGCUCAAGUGGUUUGCUGGUCAUCAGAUUAGAAAUGUUGGAGCCAUAGGUGGAAAUAUCAUGACCGCAAGUCCGAUAUCAGACUUAAAUCCAGUUCUAAUGGCAGCAAGAUGUACUUUGAUUUUGGCGAGUGCUGGAGGGAAAACCAGGUCAGUCAAAUUGGAUGAAAAUUUCUUCACGGGAUACAGAAAAACUAUUUUAGGUUCAACAGAGGUGUUGGUCAACGUCCUGAUUCCAUUCUCGAAGGAGCACGAACACAUAUUCGCUUUUAAACAAGCUCGCAGGCGAGAGGAUGACAUUGCCAUAGUAAAUACAGCCAUGAGAGUGCAGCUUGAAAAGCAAACAAAUUCCAGUUCAUGGCAAAUCAAGGACUGCAGUUUCACUUUUGGAGGGAUGGCUCCCACAACAGUAAUGGCCUUGAAAACCAUGAAGAGCUUAACUGGCAGAACUUGGAAUGAAAAUAUCGUACAAGAAGCUUGUCAGUUGUUAGCAGGAGAUCUGCCGCUUGCACCCGGAGCACCCGGUGGUCAGGUCGAGUACAGGAGAUCGCUCGCCUCAAGCUUUUUUUUCAAGUUCUAUCUGAAUGUCUCUCAGCAGCUUGGUCAUGAAGAGGAAAUUCAGCCCAUCUUGGGCGAUUCUGUAACCAAAAGUCACGAGACAGGAAGAAAUUUUUUUCGCAGAGAAGAUACUCGGAGCAUACAGACUUUCCAGGAGGUGCCCGACGAUCAGUUCGAGGAAGAUUUGGUUGGCAGGCCUGUGACUCACUUAGCAGCUGCCAAACACGCCACAGGGGAGGCAGUUUACUGUGAUGACAUUCCGAAAUAUGCAGGAGAACUGUAUUUGGGGAUUGUUUGGAGCACACGUGCUCAUGCCAAUAUUGUUUCUGUGGACCCAGGAGAGGCGUUAUGCCUCCCAGGGGUGAAAGCGUACAUUAGCGCAGAAGACGUCCCUGGAGAUAACGUCACAGGGUAUGCCGCAGAUGAUGAGGAGAUUUUUGCAACAGACAAGGUGUCUUGCGUCGGUCAAGUCAUAGGGGCAAUAGCUGCUGAAACUCAAGCCCAGGCCCAAAGAGCAGCCAAGAUGGUAAAAGUAACAUACAAAGACUUACCAAGAAUACUGACCAUUGAGGAGGCUAUAGCCGCAGGUUCUUUCUACGAUUUUCAACUGAGCAUCGAGAAGGGAGACCUGGAAACUGGAUUUGCAGAAUCUGAACAUUUGUUGGAGGGAGAGAUGAGAUUUGGAGGACAAGAACACUUCUAUCUGGAGACGCAAGUUACAAUCGCUGUUCCAAAGGGAGAAGAUGGCGAGAUGGAACUUUUUGUUUCCACGCAAAAUCCAACAUUGACACAGAAACUUGCUGCAAGAGCUCUUGGAGUUCCGCACAACAGAGUUGUGGUGCGAACCAAACGACUCGGUGGUGGUUUUGGUGGCAAAGAAUCACGGAAUUGUUUUCUGACAAACGCAGUCGCUGUAGCUGCUGCAAGAACUGGAAGACCUGUUAGGUGUAUGCUUGAUCGAGAUGAAGACAUGAAGAGCACAGGAAUGCGGCAUCCUUUCUUAGCGAAAUACAAGGUGGGCUUUACAUUCGAUGGAAAGAUAAAGUCUUAUGACAUCAAGUUGUACAGUAAUGCUGGCAACACAAUGGAUGUUUCUAAAAAGGUCAUGGAAAGAUCAAUGUACCAUAUGACAAACUGCUACCUCAUUCCAAACAUUCGUGGGGUUGGCCGCCUCUGUAAAACAAACAUCGCAUCAACCACAGGGUUCAGGGGCUUUGGUGUUCCACAGAGUAUGUUGUUUUGUGAGUCAUUGAUUUCUGACAUUGCAACCAUCUGUGGUAUUUCCCAAAGACAGGUGCGGGAACUAAAUUUUUACACAGAAGGAGAUUUAACUCACGUUAACCAAGAACUGACGAAUUGCCAGCUUCAGCGAGUAUGGAAUGAACUGGUAGAGAAAUGCGAGUACGAGAAACGGAGAAAACUCGUCCAAUCCUUUAACAGGGAAAAUCGAUGGAGGAAACGUGGAAUUUCGCUGAUACCCACUUUACUUGGUAUUGGAAUUACUUUACGCACCAAAAAUCAGGCUGGAGCUCUGUUGCAUGUUUACACAGACGGAUCAGUUCUUUUAACUCAUGGCGGAACAGAAAUGGGCCAAGGACUACACACCAAAAUGGUGCAGGUAGCAGCUAGAUGUUUAGGUAUUCCAGCAUCCAAAAUCAUAAUAAGUGAAACAAGUACAAACACGGUUCCUAAUACUACCCAGACAGCAGCUUCUGCCUCCUCUGAUCUCAACGGCAUGGCGGUUAAAAAUGCUUGUGACCAAAUACUGGACAGACUCAAGCCUUAUCAGAUGGAGGAUCCCAAGGGAAAGUGGGAGGACUGGAUACACGCGGCCUACUUUGACCGUGUGAACCUCUCUGCAAGUGGGUUUUACAAGUAA